AUGUUUAUGGUUAAACUGGGAAUAGGAUUUGGUGUACUGGGAAUGGGAUUUGGUGUACUGGGAAUAGGAUUUGGUNUACUGGGAAUGGGAUUUGGUGUACUGGGAAUAGGAUUUGGUGUACUGGGAAUGGGAUUUGGUGUACUGGGAAUAGGAUUUAGUGUACUGGGAAUGGGAUUUGGUGUACUGGGAAUCAGAUUUGGUGUACUGGGAAUAGGAUUUGGAAAUGCACUUCAACACGUUUAUAAAUACCCGUUUAUACUGGGAAUGGGAUUUGGUGUACUGGAAAUGGGAUUUGGUGUACUGGGAAUGGGAUUUGGUGUACUGGGAAUGGGAUUUGGUGUACUGGGAAUGCAAUUUGGUGUACUGGCAAAAACAUUCUCUUUCUGGUUUUGA